UCUAGCUAUUUCACCCUGUAGUAAAAAGCUGAUCAACUUCUCCUGAGCUUGUUACCGCUUAAAGGCGUAACGCUAGACACCAGACCAAGGACCACCUGCUGUAAUGAUUGAUUGUAGCGAGAGUCCGGCUCUGAAGCGCGCAUACAUUUCAGAACCUUGGACAGCGCGCGGCGCCGCAGUGGCGAUGCGUGGAUUCAACCGGUGGCUUUCAACCACAGCAGUAGUGUGAGGGGACUGUGUGACUGAAUGUUACAUAAAAACUCUUUCCGUUCCACAUGUGGGAAAGGGCUGGCUCUCUGGAUCACUCGGACUAGUGAUUUUCGUUCUUUCCAACACAGACCGUCGAUUCCAUCGUGUGGGUAGGCGUGCCGCUGGAUGCUUGGUUGACUCCAGAAGCCGUGCUGAGCAGCGUGGAAUAGGUGACUGUCAAGCGGGCGGAGUGGUAGUGGUGGUGCCUAAGAGACCCUCCAUUUAUAAGGAUGCUGGUGGGAAAUGCCUGGAGACAGAGAUGACGAGAUUUGUCAAAAGGCACUUGAACUCCUGUCAGAUCUUUGUUCGAAGGGGGAAGUGCAAAACGAGCACUGCUUGGAUUUUAUCUACUAUUUCCGAGACCUUGCCAGGCCACGCUAUACGGAUUCAGACAUAUCGGUGAGUCUGUUGUCACUGGUCGUGACUGCCUGUGGCUUGGCCCUCUUUGGGGUUUCCCUCUUUGUCUCCUGGAAGCUUUGCUGGAUACCAUGGAGAGAGCGUGGGCUUUCUCCAACCACCAAGGAGGCCCAUGGGCACCUCAACCCCACCAUGAGCCCUUUGCCCUCGCAGCCCGCACCCAGGCAGCCAGUUUAUACAGCCGUGGACCCCCCGCCACACAACCGCCGUGAGUCGUCACACUGCUCUAUCGCCAGAGAGCCCACUCCUGUGGCGUCUGUGGUAUCGGUGGAGGCUCCGGUGACUCCUGUAUCACCACCGCCUGUGGUCUUGGCCACACCAGAGGCAGCUAUGAAGAUCAGUCAUACAUCUCCAGACAUCCCACUGGAUGCCCAGAGUAAAACCCGGGAAAAUGGGGUUCACACAAAUCCUCGUAUGCAGAGACAGACCACUGAACCCCCACCCUCUGGCCACUCAAUGUCUGAAAUUGGACAAGGGUCCAUUCGCAGACAUAUGAACCUGUCUAACCCAGACUUCAAUGUGGCCCAAUUCCAAAGGCAGGACUCCCUCACAGGAAUGGGGCUGGGCCUUGGGCGCCUCAAACCUGAGCUCUACAAACAGCGAUCCCUUGAGGGAGAUGAAGGUAAUCGCAGGGGUGGGGGCUGCGGGCGCCUCCAUUUUAUCCUCAAAUUUGACUGCGACCAGGAACAGUUGAUAGUUAAGAUCCACAAAGCAGAGGAUCUCCCAGCCAAGGACUUCUCUGGUACCUCUGACCCUUAUGUUAAGAUCUACCUGCUCCCUGAUCGUAUGACCAAACACCAGACCAAGGUGCACCGCAAGACGUUGAACCCUGUGUUUGAUGAGGUCUUCCUGUUUCCUGUGGCGUACUCUGAGCUUCCCACACGUAAGCUACACUUCAGCAUCUAUGACUUUGACCGAUUUUCACGCCAUGACAUUAUCGGCCAAGUGGUUGUGGACAACUUCCUGGAUCUGGCAGAUUUCCCCAGGGAGACAAAACUCUGCCGGGAAAUCCAAUAUGUCUCCACGGAUAAUGUGGACCUUGGUGACCUGAUGUUUUCCCUCUGUUACUUGCCUACUGCGGGCAGAUUAACCAUUACCAUGAUAAAGGCUCGCAAUCUCAAGGCUAUGGAUAUCACCGGCGCAUCUGAUCCAUAUGUGAAGGUUUCAUUAAUGUGUGAAGGUCGCAGACUGAAGAAGAGGAAGACAUCGACGAAGAGGAACACUUUGAAUCCAGUCUAUAAUGAGGCCAUUGUCUUUGAUGUCCCUCCAGAAAAUAUAGAGCAGAUCAGCCUUUUGAUUGCAGUAAUGGACUAUGACCGUGUAGGCCAUAAUGAGGUCAUUGGCGUGUGUCGAGUUGGCAACGAUGCAGACAGCCUCGGUCAAAUCCACUGGAGUGAAAUGCUCACAUAUCCACGAAAACCUGUCGCCCACUGGCAUCCUCUCGUUGAGGUGAGGUAA